CGCUGGAACCCAUCAUUAGUCUAAGUCUAAGUCGGACGACGUCCCUGAACCAUUAUUCCACUUUUCUUUGCUCAAGUUGGACCCUGAGUUACAUCCGCUCGAUAUCGUCGCACAAGCAACAAACAUUCCACAUGGCUACAAUACACCACCCGCCCCCGCCAGGCGUUACACCUUUCGCUAUCUAUGAAGAUCCAGAAGAUCAAGAGCCUUUGUCGCCGUCAGAAGUAUUCGAAGGAGACAUAUCAUUCAAUUCCGAGCUAUCGCGUCCUCUAGGCGAUGAUGCUAUGCCCAGCAUCGAGCUUGAGCAGGAGGGUGAAGACGGAGCAGAACUUGUACCGUACAGAAGCUCGUAUACGUCACGCAAAGCGACUACGCAGCCACGUCGAUCAUCAGGCGUGACCCAUUACAGCUUCAUAUCUGCGCUGCCAUCCGAGACCUCUGUAUCUUCGAGGCCCGUGGCACCAGCCAGUCACGCAGCCAAUGAGCGGUACACGCCACAGAAAGAACGACCACGAUUUCGGAACCCAGAAUCUGUGCGCGCAAUGCAAAUGUCCUCCCCGCCGCCGCUACCAACCUACGAAGCCUCCCGUGAGCGAAUGAAGGGGUCAUACAAAGUAGCUACACCGAGCAGAAGUGGGAGAUCCGAGACACCAGUCUCAAGACAAUCAGGGUCGCGUAGAGGAAGUAUCAGGGAACAUCACAGCCCAAGACCCACGCCUAUCCCCCAGCAAGCUCCAUUGGUCCUGCUGCACGUUACAAUACUGCCGAUGCAGGUACCCUUCUCCCAUGAUUUGAUGGUUCGGAUCAUGCCCGACUGGCUGGUAGAGAACUACAAGCUGUUGGAAGAAAAGCUUCAGGACAUCAUCCUAAUGCGGCGAGGAUUGUUGAUACCACAUCCAAGGGAUGAAUACGACCUGCUGGAGGAGCGCAUACUGGAGAAUUUGGAAUUAAAGACGCCUCGACUACUCAAGUGUGGACACUUUGUACCACCAGACGAUGACACAGAUAUCGAAGAGGAUGAUGAUGUGGCAAGCGUCCCCGACGAUACUACAGGCCGAGGAAGUCGUAUGAGUGGAGGUACACUCACAGAGAACAUGCUUGAUCAUGCUAGUAUGUGCGUAGAUUGCCAUCGCGAGCUGAAGAGGCCCGGUAAAGGUGUAGGUGCCGGCUCAAGGAAGUGGGACAUUAAAAUCUACGCCGCAAACGGGCUGAUGCGAGCCGCGGCAUGGUCCGCUUGCUGGAAUGAUAUGGAGCGGUGCGAUGUCGAGAUCUCGCCAUGGGUACCGGAGGAAGUCCGGAAAACGCUGGAAAGACGCGUGCAAGAAGAGCAGGAAGCAGAUAAGCGGAAGCAGCUGUAUGCAGUGGAACUGCAGCGACAGAUCCAAGAAGCCGCUACGAAGCAGAAGAUACUAGAGGAGGAGGCAUCUGAAAAGAAGAAGUUGGAGGAGUUGGAGCUACAGAAGAGCUUUGAAGCUGCUGCCGCUGCUCUAGAAAGAAGUGUGGAGGAGAAGGCGGCAGAAAGACGGAGGUUCGAGGAAGUAUUGGAGGAGAAGAUUGAAGAGGCAAAAGAGGCGGUACGUUUGGAACUUGAAGCCCAGACUCUUGCGGAGUCCAAUGCAAUUGCUGAACGGCUCCGCACGUUGGAGGUCGCGCUUAAAGAACAGACAAUAUCCGAAGCUGAAGAUCUUCCUCGACAGGAGUCCUCCUCGUCUAAAGACAUCCCAGCCGUACAACUUCGGAGGAGGCAACGAUCUAUGUCUUACCGACCUCACGCAACUGAGAUCCCUCUCGGAACGCUCUUGAAGAAUUACUUCCUCGUCCUAUUAGGAGAUAAACGGAACUUUGCCAUCCUUCUGCUCGGUGCAACCGUUGUGUUCAUGUCAAUGAACAUGGACAUUACGUGGAGACAGCAGCUCCUGGCUCCGCAAAUAGUUGGAGUACCGAACGAAGUUGCCCUGCUCGAUCAUGUUUCAACGAUUUCUGUCAUGGCUACCACUACUGCGACAUCUUUCUCUACACUUACCGUGACGGAAGUUCACACUGCGGAUACUGGCCUGAGGACUAGUGCACCUACUUCUGAAACCACGAAUCUGUUGGCGAAGGGAAUCGAAAUGUCGACUUCUACUGGGGAAACACCAAGCCCAACAUCUCCCGCCUCGAGUGCUGAAGCUAUCGUAGUUGAAACUGUUGCAGAGGACGCUGUCGCCGUUGAAGCUGUCGUAGAUGGAGAUGAUGCUGUUGUAGAUGUCGCUGUUGCAGACGAAGCUGUUGCAGAGCAUGCUGUUGUCGAACUUCCGAACGCCAAGACCGAGUUGAUCGCUCAUCUGGACGAAUAUCUAGCUAUGGAAGCCCUCGAGGAAAACGCUAGCGUCUCAGCACCCGUCGGACCUACCAGCGAGGAGAUCAUGGCCGACGAGCUUUCCGCGACCGACCGCAAGAUUCACGAACCAGAGUUUUGCGUCCUGGAAACUAUCCAAGAUUCCAUCUUUCAAACGUCAAUCCGUUUCUGCCCGAAGUCCGAGCUUUAGUCCCUCUCUUCUCUUUGCCACCCUCAUGAACCCGCACGUUUGAUGACACGACCCACCGUAUAUUCCCCAUAAAGUAAAGUAAAGUCCGCACAUCUCUAUCUAUUUUUAGUGCAUUCUCAGCCUUGAAUGGCUUCUGCAAAUUAGCAAGCGUGGAGUUAUGGAAUUUCUAAAUGCAGCGCACUGUUGGAGGACGUACAUAUCGCAUACCAGCCGAAGGCUUUGGAUAGUAUAUAGUAAAUAAAUAAAUAAGUAAACGCAUACCCGA